UGUCGCCUCGCUCUGCUGUCAGGACGACGCUGCUGUCACUCUGAGCAGCUCACAGGGCUCAGGAUUUAUUUUUGGACUGCCAUGGCGUCUGUUCCUUCCAUUUGUAGGAAGGGGGGUCGAGUUGGGCUCGACAUGAACCUGCCGCUCUGACACUCCGGGCUGGGACAAGCAGGCAGCAGCCGGCCGGCCGCCCCCCGAGCAGAAGUCGCACAGGGGAACCUGCCUGGAGCAGUUUGAACGUCAGCAACAAGUUGUUUUACCUGGGUGCUGAAGCGCUCAUGGCUGUCGCUUACAGUGCUGUGACCCAGCCGGGCCUGCUUUCCCAGCAGUACCCUCCUCCCUUGCUGCCCAAGCCUGGAAAGGACAACGUUCGGCUUCAGAAGCUCCUCAAGAGAACUGCCAAGAAAAAGGCCUCCGCUCAGACAUUGCAGUCCGCAGUGCAUUUCCGCUCAAGCCUUUCCCCUGUGAAUGAAGCGAGCCCCGACCUUGAGCACAGUGACCACUCCACCCCUCCCCGGACACCAGAGACACCAUACAGCCUCUACAGCUUCAAGCAGCCUCAACGGUUCACCGUCAGGCCGCUGUAUCAACAUGUGGCGUCCCCUUACCCGCAGCGUGCAGCUUACGGCAGAGGAGCAAGUUAUUCGCCUCAAACAGUGGCAGUCCCCUCGUACUCUUACUCGCAGCAUGUCACCACAGUUUCUUCAUAUUCUGCACCAGCCUACCAUUCUGGGGUCUCACCAGCUGUGGGGCCAGUCGUCCAGCCAGCGGUACCCAAAAUAUCUCUGCCAGCUUCGGCCGCGCCUGAGAUGACAGUACUAGCUGCUGAGGUGAAAAAGCCAGCUUUCAGCACAUUUCCUGAAAGUCAUGCUGGUCUUAGACCUGCUGCAGCUGUAGCAACCCCACAGCCAAAAAGUCCGGGUCCGGCUCCAUAUCCAGGAGCAGGAGGUCAAGCUAUAAUUCGACCUCUCAUUGUGUUGACACCGCUCGUCAAAUCCAGAAGUCCUCGUCCAACAUUCAAAGCAACAGAACCCUCAAGGUCACCCAGACCGAUGUUUGAUGUCCCUCAAAUUAGGAUGUACACGGCGAGCACAUCCUACUACGAGACAUCCAGGACCCCACCGGUAUACGACACUUAUGAAUUAACUGCCAUUGGCAGCACAUUACCUCAAAGUAAAAUACCAGCAGAAACAAAACAAGAUUUGACUCCCAUGUCCGAGGUCAAAAGAGGUACGACACAGACGGCUCAGACUUCUUUGUUGGGCACAGAUCCCCAGAGAAAAACGCCAACUUCAGAAAUUAAAAGAGGCACUACACCAACAGCAGAGAUCAAUGCGGUCAUAACGCCUACCCCUGAAGUCAAAAUAGUAACCCCAACAUGUGAAAUUAAAAGAGUAACCCCAACACAUGAAAUUAAAAGAGUAACCCCAACAUGUGAAAUUAAAAGAGUAACCCCAACACGUGAAAUUAAAAGAGUAACUCCAACACGUGAAAUUAAAAGAGUAACCCCAACACGAGAAAUCAAAAGGGUAACUCCAACACGUGAAAUUAAAAGAGUAACUCCAACACGAGAGAUCAAAAGAGUAACUCCAACACCUGAAAUCAAAAGACUUACUCUGACACCUGAAACUAAAAAAGUUACUCUGUCCCCUGAAACCAAUAGAGUUACUCCAACAUGUGAAAUCAAAACAGUUACUCCAACGUCUGAAAUCAGAGCUAAAACUCCAACUUAUGAGUUCCAGAUAUCAAGAACUUCAGCAGGACGGCCUAAAACCCCAGCGUACCAUGUGACCCGGGCUACAACACCUGUCUUUGAAAUCUCAAGACCUAAUCCUCUCUUGUUUGCGGUGUCACCUAUCACAGUAGAGCCAGAGAGGUCAAGAACACCUAAAAUGGCUUCUACUGCGAGUAGUUUGUCUGCUUCCCAACGUGUGACGACUACUGAACCUAAGCCUGCAGAAACACUACUGAAUGGGGACAUUCAUUCAGACGUGACACCUGCAGCUAAACCAAUCGAGCAAAGUCUAACAAAGUCAAAAUCAGAGCCUGCUCUGACAAAGAUCCCAGCUGCUCCAACUGCCUCUCAAAGACCUAAAACUCCUACAUCUGAGCCAACAAAACCAGCAGUGACUUCUUACGGCUCUCAGAGGCCUAAGACUCCAACAUUUGAGGCAUCCCGACUUAUGACCACAUCACCUGGGUUUAAAAGACCAAAAACACCUACUGGUGUAUCACCUGUAGCCUUUCAGAGACCUAAAACUCCAACCCAAGCGGCUCAAAAGUCAAAGUCUGGUUAUCGUGGAUUGACACCAGCUGAAUAUGCUGCUUAUGGUGGAAUCAAAACUUACUCUCCAGCAUUUGGUAUCUUGAGUUCUAAGACGCCAACUCAAGAGGAGGUUACAGCUAAAAAUGAGGGAUCAGCAGAAUUGAAAACACUGAGCCAAGAACCUUCUGUGAAAGCACCUUCAACAGCUGAGGUGUCUAAAGUCAAAGAAGAUGUAAAUAAACCCCAUGUGAGAGAUGAGAAGGUUCCCACCACCCCUGCAAUCCCUAUUAUUGUUGUUUCACAACCAUCUGACACCUCAGGAACAACGUCAACACAAGAGACAAGUAUCAUAUCCAGUCAUGUUACAGUGAAACAAGAACAAAAGGUGAUCCAGGAAGCACCAAAGGUGAAACCUCCAACAGCAGAGGUGAAAACACCAGAGAAACAGAAGGUGCAAACACCAGUCCAAGAAGUCGUCAAACCAAAACCAAAAACUCCAGAAGUCAAACAUCCUCUGCCCAAAGGCGGUGAUAAAGAUCCUCUGAUGGCAGUGAGGAAACUUUUAGGCAAAGAUAAAGUCCAGACUGCUGAACAGAAGGUUCCACAAAAGCAGGAACCAAAAGAGCCGGUGAAACCUGUAACUGCCACCAGGACUAAAGCCGAAGGUGCAAAGCCAAGCUCUGCAGCGCCUGCUAAAGUACCUGCCGUUCAAUCAACAGAAAGUGACGAUAAGAAAGCAGAACCAGCAGUUAAAUCUGUGCUUGAGAAAAAGGAAGGCGACAAGUUCCUCCCAGCAGCCGAGCCCCUUCUUAAGGUCAUGCAAAAACCGAAGGGAGUGAAACUGAGACCAAGCGGUUGGUCCCGACUCAAGAAGCACAUGGUGGUGGAGCAGGAGGAACCCAAAUUUCCAGAGAUUGGCUCUCAGAAAGAGACCGCUGAUCAGGACCAGGACAAGGUGAAAAAGGCUGACGAGAAGGCCGACGACAAGCCCGGCACUCAGGACGAGAACCAAAACAAUGACACUCCCAAGGCAACGCAGAUGUGGGACGCUGUCCUCUUCCAAAUGUUUUCCACCAAAGAGAACAUCAUGCAUCAGAUCGAGCUGAACAAAAGUGAGGAGGAGAAGACGGAGGAGAUAAAGGACGAGCUGAAAGAGAUACCUUCGUUUGCGUUCCGGCUGCCCGUGCUGCUUUUUAGUCCAAAGUUUGACGCUAAAAAGCUUAAAGAAGCGGCGUCGAGGCCGGUGACGAAAAUAUCGACUGUGUUUGAAAUGGGUCUGAUUGGGCGAAAAGGUAAAGAAGAGGAACCAAAAGACUUUAACAGAACGGCGAGAGGGUUCACUUAUACUUAAGCUACAUCUAAUGUGAAGCGACGAGAUGAAAAUGUUUAAUGUACAGGUGCAGAAAUCUUAGCAACAGAAAUCAUGUACAGGUCUGGAGUCUUAGUUUCUGUGUUAAAACGAAUGACACUGUGUGGCAGCGUUGUAGAAAAUUCGACCUUAACUUUAUACUUGACAAAUGCUUUGUGUCGCAUCUGUGUGACUGGUUGUCUGGAUGUUAAAUGUUUGUGUUUGUGGAUUAGCUUGGAGAAGGGAGAGCUACAUUUGUCUUAAAGUCAUUCGGACGUCACAUCAGAUUAAAGCCUUUGUGUUUUACGUAAUUUCAGAGCUUCUCAUUUAUUUUUUUUCAUCACGUUCACAAUAAAUAUAAACUGUUGAGUACGUUAUGGAUUUGAAAAUAUGUAGUUACUGUAAAGAAAAUCGAGACUGAUUAUUUAUUUGCAGCAGCUCACUCAAGAUUUAGAAAGUUAUAAAGCUCAAAGUUGCUUUUUAGUAAAAUAAGUCAACUUCUAGCAAAUAACUAAUAAUUAAAAUAUGUGUAUUUCUAUAGAUAGAAAGAAAGAAAAAAAUAAGACUUAAUGAUUUUAAGACAAAUAUCUGACAUUGAAAAUUUCUCUUUUUUCACUCAAAUAUCCAAUUUUAUUCAAAAUGGUGCUACUUGCCUCAGGGUAAGACCUCUCACUAGUUAACGGAUGCAUAUGUAGAGUGACUUGACAUUUGAAUUAUUUAUUAUUAUUUAUUUGAAUUUCAUUUUUUUCUUUUUUUUUUAGGUUGUAGGUGGUUGUGUUUUAUGAAUGAACCUUCUUAAAGUCACAAUGAAUUAACAUUUUAAGACCAUUUUGAUUUUUAUAUUUGGCUUUGGCGGGGACGGAUCAGUUAGUGCAAUACAGCAAUCGGACGCCAGAAUGGACGGAGAAGGCAGAGAAGAGCGAGAUUAUUUAAAUCUGUAGAAGCUUUAACAUUAAUUAUAACUAGUUUAUGUCACAAAGUUAACAUCCAAAUGUAGCAAAGCACAAGCAGAAAAAAAGGAAUUUAUUUAUUGUUGAAUUUAUUAUGAAAAUCAUAAAAAGCAGUUGUUCAAUGAAUAGAUGAAGGAACAGUAUAUUAAGAUUAUCUUCCUCGUACUUGAGCUUUAGUCUCUUUUACACAAUCUCCUUCAUCUUUUCAUCUCCGUCUGCUUCUCUGUGAUUCAAACGUAAGACGAGAGAAAAGUAUGAGAUGAAAGAAAAAAAAAAAAUUGUGCUAAACUGCAAUCAAAACCAAGAUUAUGUGUUUCAGCUUCAUUUCUGAUCGUCCGUCUCACAAACCACCAAUCUAAUAAUAAUACUAAUUAUGAUAAAUUAAUUAGAGAACAAAACAACGAGGAGCAUUAAAAUAAAAUAAACUGGAUAAAAAAAUGUUAAAAUUUGAGCGUUCUGAUGGAUCAGAUACACUUACAUUUUAAUUAAACUGUGUGAUGGCUGGUGUUUCAGUCGCUGCAAAACAAACUGGUUUUAUACCCAAUUAAAAAAAGUAGAUUAAUAUAAUGAACAAUUAGCUGAUUGAUUUCAUUGUGACUUGAAGAAGCCGCUGAGCUAAGAGUUUGUGAAAGUAGUUAGAGAAGACGAACGAUGAAGAGCAGCCUCCGCCGCGAUGGAGGUCAGUGGGACACUGAACUGUAAGGUCAAAGGUCAAGAUACACAGAAAGGUUUUUGAUGACUGUGAUGCAAUUUAUUUUUCUAGUUUUAUUUUCACACCUGCUGUUUUGUUUUUCUGUUUUUCUAAUGUUCUUUCUAAUGAUUUGUAAUGUGUGUGCUGGAGUUACAGUGUUUGGGAAAUGUAAACAUUAGCGGGCGGAUUCAGACACUUUCAAAAUAAAUCUUAAGCAGUGCUUUUAUUUACUUGUGAAACUGUUAAUGUCAAAUACCAGGAUGCAAAUUAAUUGAAUGGCUGCAUCUGAUUGGAUCAUUCUGGAAGAUCUUUCAAUCAUUCAUUGAGUGUCAUGAUUAUAAGUUCCUUUUUCUUUUUCCAUUAAUAAUUUUUUUGGUGAAAUAGUGACAAGUUAAAUUUCCAUGUAAAAAAAAAAAAAAAACAAUAACUGAAAAAUAUGUCAUCAAUGUAAAAUUACAUAUUUUGAUCUUUCAUUAAUUAAUUAAUGAUUUUAUUUUUUGGGCUGUUGGAUGACAGGAAGGAAAUAGAAUAUCAGAAUUUUAAUUUUAAUUAAAUACAUUUUUUUGUUUUUGUUUUUGGAACUUAAAAAACCCAAUUAAAUUUUCUAAUGUUCUAUUAUUUGUUUUAGUAAAAACAAAAGUGAUAAGGAUUACAGAUAACUAAUAAAUGUUAAAUCUGCCCAGAUGUAUUCUGUAUAUUCUGCUUAAAGAUUAUUUUAGUUUAUCAUUUACAUAGUGAAACCAACUGUGACUCGUGUAUUUUAUUGUCACUCAUCUUAUUUUAAGUGAAGCACUUUGAACUGCGUUGUUUUCUUAUGUGAGGCACUGUGUACUGCACGAAAGGAGCUACAAAUAAAGUUUGACUUAAACAUUUCUA